AUGUCGCGGAACGCCUUCUGGGUCUUGCCUGCUGGUGCUCCGACAUCUCCGUACCCGCUUCAGUCUGCCAAGUCCGCCUGUCCAUUCUCGAUGGAAGCAAAAUCUUUUCCAGAGCUCGGAAUAUGCGAUCCCCUUCUUACAGCCCUUGCUAAGCUGGAAUACACCACUCCCACGCAGAUACAGGCUGACUGCAUUGGACCAGCUCUGGCUGGACGAGACAUUAUUGGAUUAGCUCCAACAGGGUCAGGAAAGACUGUAGCUUUCGCCCUCCCCAUACUGCAACGUCUAUGGGAUAAUCCUCAGAGACUUUUUGCCUGCAUUCUUUCGCCGACAAGGGAACUCGCCUACCAGAUUUCUGCCCAAUUCGAAGCACUGGGAGUGUCCAUGGGAGUACAAUCUGUCGUCAUUGUGGGUGGGGAGGACCGUAUGCAGCAGGCGGGGUUUAACCUUCGGACGGUGAAACAUCUCGUCCUUGACGAAGCCGACCGUCUUUUGAAUCCAGACUUCCAAUCUUCGAUAGAUGGAAUUUUGAAGGUCAUUCCCCGCGAGCGGACCACCUACCUUUUCUCUGCAACAAUGACAGCUAAUGUAUCCAAGCUGCAACGCGCAAGUCUCACAAACCCCGUACGCGUCGAAGUGUCCUCGCACAAGUAUACGACUGUGUCUACACUUCUGCAGUAUUAUAUUCUAUACCCUUUAGUUCAAAAGGAGGUUAUGCUUGUGUAUCUGGUCAACUCUCUAGCUCAGAAUUCGAUCAUCAUCUUUGUGCGAACGAUCCAGAAUACUCAAAGAAUCACUCUCAUUCUACGUUCACUUGGGUUUCGCGCGAUUCCACUUCAUGGUGAACUGUCCCAGAGUGAAAGAUCAGGCGCAUUCCAUAAAUUCAAGAGUGGCUCAUGUAACAUCUUGGUUGCCACAGACCUGGCGAGUCGUGGUCUGGACGUUCCCUCUGUCGAUGUCGUCAUCAACUUCGAUUCGCCCACUCACUCCAAAGACUACAUCCACCGCGUCGGACGGACCGCACGUGCUGGACGAGCCGGGAAAUCGAUAUUGAUGGUGUCGCAGUACGAUGUGGAGAUAAUGCUGCGGCUGGAGGCAGCUAUAGGUCGAAAGCUUGAGUUAUACGCGACAGACGAGCAGGAAAUAGCUCUACUCAGAGAGCGGGUCGAGGAGGCGGGGCGACAUGUGGCUAAUCAGCUUCGGGACGAAGCAAAAACCAAGGGAACAAGUCGGAAACGACGACAGACAGGGGACAAAGCAGACGACAAAGACCGGGAGGACAUGGUAGAGGCAGGGAUGUCUACGUCUUCCUUUAAAAAGAAGCGUCGGUCAUGA